AUGGCAAAAUCUCUUAAGAGAAAGCGCAAAGAUAUCUCCAAAGAAAAUAGCGUAGAAAUCGACCAGAUGCUCGAAUCGCUCGCAAUGGUACCAACUAAAUAGGAAGAUCUUGCAGUCGGCCCAAAAAAGCUUAACGAGCUUCAAAGCGUAUUCGAAAACUUCAUAAAUCUUGGAAAAGCUCUAAUAUUAGUCCUAUUAGGCCCUUAUGGAUGCGGGAAAACUGCAAGCGCCGUUUGCUGUGCUAAAAACUAUAAUCUUACAUACACAUUUUGAAAGCCGCAGGAUUUAAUGCAGGCAGAAUCUGACGAGCUUUAUUCAGUCUCAUAUCUCAAUCAAUUGAUAAAUUUCUUAAACUUCCAAUCUUCUACUAAAAAGGCACUAAAAAUUCCUGGCUGUGCUCCAAAAGAAAUAAAUAAUGUCCUCAUUAUUGAUAGCUUGCCUACGUUUUAUAAUGAUAAGCAAAAAGAAGAUUUUCAAAUGUGCAUAAAUAAAUGUCUUAAGGGAUUGUCAAAGCUUAUUAUUUUUAUUAUGAGUGACUAUUCGCCUAACCAAAUCCCUCAAAUUUUUAGUAUAGAAGCAAGCCAAUUUAUCAAAGUCAUCCAAUUCAGAGAAGUAGGAAAAAGACCUAUGGUAAAAGCACUUAAAAGAGCCAAUAUUGAAUGAGAUAUAAAAAAUCCAGAUUAUGAAGAAAUUGAAGAAAUAUCGAACGGAAAUUUGAGAACUGCUUUAAAUAAACUAUUAUUACUAAAAUUAAGCUCGGGAAGAACUCAAAAUGUUUCCAAUAUAAAUGAAGAAGAAAGUUCAAAAUUUGGAUUUUUUCACUCACUGGGAAAAUUUAUGUACAAUAAACGUAAAAUUUAGAUAGGGAUUGAUUUUGCUGGACAGUCAAAAUGCAUGACUUAUGCUGAGCUUUGGGAUAGAGAACACAGGCCGAAGUUAAGUUUUGAUCCUGAUGACGUGAUUAAUCAUUCACCUUGUGAUCCUUCUAUUUUUUGGUUAUAUUUAAUGGAAAAUUGUAUUUGCUUUUAUGAAGAUAUUGAUGACCUUGCAGAGUGCUAUGAAUCUUUCCAACUUGCUGAUUUACUUCAGACUACUCAUGCAGAUGCUGCUGGUACAUUUAGUGAAUUGAUGCCAGCACAUCUGGCUGGGCGCGCGGUGGUUGAUAGUAACUUGCACCCUGCAAAGACUGGAUUUUUUAAUUUUAAAAAGCCUGGGAUAUGAAGACUAAUUAAAGGUAUACCUGAAAGUCAAUUGAAUAUAAAAAAACAGCAAGAAAACGAAAUAAUUGCAAGUGGCUUUAGACUUAACGAAUUUUUAGUAGAUGUCUGGGGAUUUAACCGGGGAUCUCUAUUUCAUAGAAAGUUUGAAGAAGAUAUUGAGGAAGAAAAAACGACUCAAUAUUGGGAAAAUUUAUCGAAUUCUUUGGAAAAUAUCAAAAUGUAA